CUGCUGAGCUGUUAUAUAAGUCAUGUACCACAUGUUCAAACAGAACAGCAGACCAAAUACAAGCCCAAGUGAAAGAGAAUGUAGGUCUGAUAUCCCGACAAAGGAGAAAAAUAAACAACACUGGGGGCAGAUCCUGUGGGGAACCCCACGGUUUUCAAUCCACAAGUCAAGGAGGUCCGAGCGAGUCUGAAGAUCUACAGGCCUAAAGGUGGAGCUUUCUCACUAUACUCACUAAAGGAGGCCAAACAGUCUCUGAACACCCUCAGACUCCACUUCACUACAAUGGGAGAUUACGAAGAGGACACGGCCUUCCUGGGCCAAAAAGGUCCCUUUUUCCUUAUAAUAUUUCUGCUUUUGAAUGCCAUCUACAUCUCCACCGGCUUCCACAGCUUUUACAUUGUGUUUGCUGGCGCCUCCCCUUCGCACCACUGCCAGGUCCUGGAUGGGAAUCUGAGUGAGGAAUGGAUUAAGGCCAGCAUUCCCACUGAAGAGAUAAAUGGUAAGCUAGAGCAGAGCAAGUGCUGGAGAUACAGUCUAGGUGCGAUACAACACUUUGCUGCUGAAGGCUACAACUCUAGCAGCGUGAACUUCACAGACAUUGCCAGGGAAAGGUGUGUGGAAGGAUGGAAGUACAGUACAGAAGUCUACCACUCUACCAUUGUCUCAGAGUGGGAUCUGGUAUGUGAAAGAGAGUGGAGAGUUCCUUUCGCCUCCUCAACGAUAUACAUGGGCUACUUGUUGGGAUCGCUGGUCUCAGGACAGCUCUCUGACAGGUUUGGAAGAAAAAAGGUUCUUUUCGCCUCUCUAGCGUUAGAGUCUGUCAUCAUCUUUGCACAGUCAUUCUCCCAGUCCUGGCUGGUUUUCUGCAUCCUGUAUUUCUUUGUGGGGGCUUUCCAGAUAUCCCUUUACAUCACAGCAUUUGUUCUUGGUACUGAGGUUCUGAGCACAUCCCUGCGGGUUCUGUUCACCACCCUGGGGGCCUUUCUGCACUACUGCGUUGGGUACAUGGUGUUACCAUGGAUUGCCUUUGUAAUCAGAGACUGGAGAACUCUGCUCCGGGUGCUGUCAGUGCUAACAGUAGUAUAUAUCCCAUUAUGGUGGUUUAUUCCAGAGUCGCCCCGAUGGUUGAUCUCUCAGGGCAGAGUAAAAGAAGCUGAAGCCAUUAUCAAAGAUGCUGCAAAGAAAAACAAAGUCUCUGCUCCUGACAUCAUCUUCAGACCAUUAGAGGGUAACAAAAUUCCAGCACCUGCCAGAAAGUACAGUUUGAUUGACGUCGUAAAGACCAGCAACAUACGCUUCACUACCUUCAUGUGUUUACUAUUAUGGAUGGCCAUCAAUAUUGGUUAUUUUGGACUGUCUUUGAACACGUCCAAUCUAAUAGGUGAUCCAUUCCUGAACUGCUUUUUAUCAGCUGUUGCUGAAGUUCCUGCGUAUAUCAUCGCCACGCUGCUUCUGAAGAGCUGCCCACGGAGACCCCUGCUCUCAGGAUUCCUCAGUAUAGGAGGAGGAUUCCUGCUCCUGAUCCAGCUGAUCCCUGAGCGUCUCCAUACCCUGGCGGUGGCAUUAGAGAUGGCGGGCAAGUUUGGCUUCACCAUGUCAUUUACAGUGGUCUACAUUUACACAGCAGAGAUUUACCCUACUGUUCUCAGAAACCUUGGAAUGGGAAUGUGUUCCUCUGCUGCCCGUAUCGGAAGCAUCACUGCACCUUACAUCAUAUUCUUAGGUACCUACAGUAAGUAUCUCCCAUAUAUUCUCAUGGGAAGCCUCACUAUCGGCUCAUCCAUCGCCAACAUGUUUCUACCCGAGACGUUUGGUAAAGUGCUGCCAGAGACGUGUGAACAGAUGCAGAGGUGCAAAUGGUGCCAAAAAGGAGACGUUCUAAUGGAGGAAGACAGGAAACAUGUUGUCUUAAAGAAACAGGAGCUGUAAGAACCCCAGAAGCAUCACCAGGAAUAUUAAAGAACUGUGAACUACAAAGUUGCUGUAGUAUCUGAGUAUUGCAGGUAACAAAACUGCAAAACUGAACAUAUUUGGUACUUUCGCUUUGUAAAACUCAGAAUGGCAACAGGAGAAAAAACAUGUGCCUUCAUACAUAUACUACUCAUUAUCCCCCUGCUAGAAAAUGAAAUAUAUACAGGGCCAUCUCAGAAAAUUAGAAUAUCUUUAAAAAGUUACUUUAUUUUAGUAAUGCAGUCCAAAAUGUGAAACAUUAUAUAGAUGUAUUACACAGAAAUUAUUAUUUCUUUUUUGGCUUUACAGCCAAUGAAAACCCAAAAAUCAGUGUCUCAGAAAAUUAGAGUCCUGCUGGAAAAUGAAAUCCGCAUCUCCAUAAAAGUUGUCAGCAGAGAGAAGCAUGAAGUGGUGUAAGAUUUUGUGGGAAAAACCUGCACUGACUUUAGUCUUGAUAAUAGAACACAGUGGAUCAACACCAGCAGAUGACAUGUCUCUCCAAACCAUCACUGAUUGUAGAAACUUCACACUAGACUUCGAGCAGUUUGGACUGUGUGUCUCUCCACUCUUCCUCCAGACUCUGCUCCCUUGAUUUACAAAUGAAAUGUAAUAUUUAUUGAUGAUCAGUCAGCUUUAUGAGGUAGACUCACCUGGAAUGGCUUUCAGUUAACAGCUGUGCUGAACUCUUCAAGAGUUAAUUACUUGAGUUGUUUUGCCUCUUAAUGUGUUUGAGAGCAUCAGUUGUAAAGUUAUGAAGAGGUAGAGUUGGUAUACAGUGAAUAACCCUAUUUGAGUGAUGUUCUAAUCCAUAUUAUGGCAAGAACUACUCAACUAAGUACAGGCCAAAAGUUUGGACAUACCUUCUUAUUAUUAUUAUAUAUCUUGUUUUUAGUUUGUUUCACUUUUUUUGUUAAGUGCAUAACUCCACAUGUGUUCAUUCAUAGUUUCGAUGCCUUCAGUGAGAAUCUACAAUUUAAAUAGUCAUGAAAAUAAAGAAAACACACUGAAAAAGAGAAGGUGUGUCCAAACUUUUGGCCUGUACUGUAAGUAAAGAAAAAAUACUUUAAAAAAUGAAGGUCAGUCAAUCCGCAAAUACAAUUCAAACUCUGCAGGUUGCAAAGACCUUAAAAACGCUAUGAUAAAACUGGCUAUUAGCAGGACCACCCCAGGAACGGAAGAGCAAAAGUUACUUCAGUGACUUCAGUAUUCAUUUAUUCAUGUAGGAAAAAAAGAAAAACAUUGAAAAAAAGGUUUUGAUUGAAUGAGAACUGAAUGCUACUGUAUAUGUGGCAUUUGACAUAUACUGAAACACCUGUCAUUUUAGUGUGGGAGGUUUCAUGGCUAAAUUGGAGCUGCCUGGUGGCCAAUCUUCAUUAUUUGCACAUUGCACCAGUAAGAGCAGAGUGUGAAGGUUCAAUUAGCAGGGUAAGAGCACAGUUUUGCUCAAAAUAUUGCAAUGCACACAACAUUAUGUGUGACAUACCAGAGUUUAAAAGAGGACAAGUUGUUGGUGCACGUCUUGCUGGAGCAUCUGUGACCAAGACAGCAAGUCUUUGUGAUGAAUCAAAAGCCACGGUAUCCAGGGUAAUGUCAGCAUACCACCAAGAAGGACCAACCACAUCCAACAGGAUUAACUGUGGACUUUGUAAGAGGAAGCUGUCUGAAAGGGAUGUUCGGGUGCUAACCCGGAUUGUAUCCAAAAAACAUAAAACCACGGCAGAAUUCAAUGUGCACCUCAACUCUCCUGUUUCCACCAGAACUGUCUGUCAGGAGAAUAAAUUAUUGUGGUCUAAAACCAUAUGAGACCAUAUACGUCUCACAUAAAUCAUUUCAUCAUACAGUAAUAUUUAUAAUAUAUGUACAUAUACACAUUUUAUGGUUAUUUUAUAUAUGUUCUAAACUUAUAUCGACAUACUGUAUAUCCAGCAUUUACUACUUUGAUCUAUUCGUACUAAGAAUUUCAUCUUUUAUAAGAAAUGCAACGUACUGAUUUUUUCUGCUGUAAAUUUUGAAGUAAGUUAGACUGUGAGAUAAGUGUUGUUUGAUUCUGUGGUUUAUUAACACGUGGACAUACACUCACUGAGCUCUAAUGUAUAAACACUACCCAUUCAUGCAUCUAAUCGUGUGGCUGCAGUGCAAUAUGUAAAACCAUGCAAGUACAGGUCUGUAGCUUUAAAUAAUGUGAUCACAGUGAUUUUGAGUGUGCUGAGAUGUGCUGGUUUGAGGAUCUGCUGGUAUUUUCACUAGGACAGCGUCGGUUCUGUAUACAGAAACAGCAUGUUUAUGAGUGAGAAAUGUUCAGACUAGUUUAGUAACACAGAGAAACACUCUGACCCACUGUGGGAAGUACAAAAAUAACUAUGCAACAUAUUUACAAAAAUAUACACAGGCUUGUAUGAAUUUGAGGAGAUAUGAUUGAUAUUUUGUAUAAACAUGAUGUAGAUGAUUGCAGUUCAAUCCACUGGAAUAAUCUCGAAUGAAACCUGAAAUAAAAAUGUUAAAAUUGUCUA